AUGGAAUAUUUGUACAAUAUGUGCAAUGGAGGAGCACCAGAGAGAGCAUUUUCCAGAUCAUCAAGUAAUGGUGGAAUAAUGUUAGCAUCAUGGAAUCCAUCAACAUCGAAAGCAGACUUCAUAGUAUCACAAGAUGGUUCAGGAACACACAAAACAAUAAGAGAUGCAGUGGAAGCACUUGCUUUAAGGGGUAGCAAGAAUCAAGAAAGAACAAUUAUUUAUGUUAGAGCAGGUGUGUACCAUGAGAAGGUUGUGAUCGGACCCAAAUUGAAGAAUGUGAUGUUUGUUGGAGAUGGCAUGGACAGAACCAUUGUCACUGGAAGCAGAAGUGUUGCUGAUGGUUCUUCUACUCUUGGUUCAGCCACAUUUGAUAUAUCUGGAGAUGGAUUUUGGGCAAGAGACAUGACAUUUGAAAACACAACAGGACCAAGAAAGCACCAAGCAGUAGCACUAAAAUCAGGUUCAGACUUUUCAGUUUUCUACAGAUGCAGAUUCAGAGCAUACCAAGACACACUCUAUGUCUUUGCUAACCGCCAAUUCUACCGAGAUUGCCAAAUCUAUGGAACCAUAGACUUCAUCUUCGGAGAUGCCACAGUUGUCAUUCAAAACAGUGACAUCUAUGUGAGAAAACCAAUGUUGUCCCAAUCAAACUAUAUAGCAGCACAAGGGAGAGAAGACCCUACAAAAACAACUGGGAUUUCAAUAAUCAAUUGUAAGGUUAGGCCAACAAGUGAUUUUGUUACAUCUGAGAGCUCAAUCAAGACAUUCUUGGGUAGGCCUUGGAAGAAGUAUUCUAGGACUGUGGUGAUGAAGAGUGAUUUGGAUGGUUUGAUUGAUCCGAAAGGAUGGGGGCAAUGGGACGGUGAAUUUGCAAUUAGGACUUUGUAUUAUGGUGAGUAUAUGAAUUAUGGGAGUGGUGCUUCUUUAAGGAAUAGGGUUAAUUGGCCUGGCUUUCAUGUUUUGAAUAGUGCUAAUGAGGCUUAUCCUUUCAGUGUUAGUGAGUUCUUGCAAGGUGGUAGGUGGAUUCCAGCUUCUGGGGUUCCAUUUUCCUCUGGGAUCUAA